AUGGCAAAAAUGCUUAUUGAUAAAGGCUUAUCACUUAUUAAAUCAGGAUCACGAGUUUACGUUCAUGGUUGCGGUGGUAUACCACAAUAUCUAAAUCGUUUACUGGCCAAGCGUGCUAAUGAACUUCGACGUGUUGAAAUUAUAAGCAUUCUUCCCCUUGAUAAUACAUAUACAGAUCCAAAAUUAAACGAUAGCUUCUUUGUUAAUAGUCUUUUUGCAUCUGGUUUUGUUCGGCCAUGUAUUGCUAAUGGUACAGCAUCAUAUAUUCCAACAUUUCUCAAUGAAAUGCCUCGUCUUUUUGAUGAAAAUAUUCUUCCACUUGAUGUUGCUCUUAUUCAAGUAUCACCACCUGAUAAACAUGGUUAUUGUUCACUUGGUAUUGCAGUUGAAGUAACAGGAGUUGCUGUACGAAAUGCAAAAAAAAUUUUUGCACAAAUAAAUCGAAAUAUGCCACGUGUACAUGGUGAUACAUUUGUACAUAUAAAUCAAAUUGAUGCUUAUGUUGAAUAUGAUGAACCAUUGAUUGAACUAGAUUAUUCAAAAGAAAUUUCUGAUGUCGAAAGAAUAAUUGGAAAACGUGUAGCUGAAUUAAUUGAUGAUGGAAGUACACUUCAAGCAGGUAUUGGUGCAAUUCCAGAUUGUGUAUUAAAAUCUCUUGAACAUCAUAAAGAUUUAAGUAUAGCAUCAGAAAUGGUUUCCGAUGGUGUUAUGACAUUAAUGGAAAAAGGUGUUGUGACAAAUCGUUAUAAAAAAUUUCAUCCUGGAAUAACAACAUGUACAUUUAUAUUGGGUACAAGAAAACUUUAUGAUUUUGUUAAUGAUAAUCCAAAAAUAUUUGCUUUUGAUGUUGGAAUAACAAAUGAUCCAACACAAAUUUGUCGAAAUCCAAAAAUGUGUGCUAUUAAUGCUGCACUUGAAGUUGAUCUUACUGGACAAGUUUGUGCAGAAUCAUUAGGUGUAAUGCAUUAUUCAGGUGUUGGAGGACAAGUCGAUUUUAUGCGUGGUGCUGCUUUAAGUGAAAAAGGAAAACCUAUUCUUGUUUUACCAUCACAAACAUCAAAAGGAAUUUCACGUAUUGUUAAUACAUUAAAAGAAGGUGCUGGUGUAACCACAACUCGAGCUCAUGUUCAUUAUAUAGUAACUGAAUAUGGUGUAGCAAAUUUAUUUGGUAAAAAUUAUCAACAACGAGCUAAAGCAUUAAUUGAUAUAGCUCAUCCUGAUCAUCGUGAAACAUUAGAACGUGCUGCUUAUAAGCGUUUUAAAACUCUUUAUUAA